AUGGAUCGCCCAGUUGAUCCGCACGAGAAAAAGUAAGUUCCGAUUUUUUCCCCAAAAAAAUAAUUAUUUUUGCGAACUGCGCCCGAAAAAAGAAGGUUUGCAUUGUUUUUGUUAUACGCUGGUGGAUUUCGCGGGGAUAUUAUGGAAGAAAGUGGUAUAAUUCGCUGUAAAAUGGCGUGUAAACACGUGUAAAUUUCAGUUCUUUUCAUGAUCUACCUCACUUCACGGAGUUUGGUGGGUUUUAAUUGAUUUUCGUUGGGUUUAAUCUAAAGUAAUAUAAUUUUACUGAUCAUUUAUUUUCAGCCAGUGCCAAACAAGUCCAUGAAGGACUAAAAACUAUGGUGGAGCACCCUGGCCCCCCGAAUCAGACCGGGGGGCCAUUGGACUAUCACAAAAGGGUGCUCACCUUGGAUGUUUUGGUCGAAACCGGAGCGCCCUGGCCCUCCGCUUCGUGCGGGGGGCCCUGUGGAAAUUUUUCGGGCGCUCGGCAAGACCAUGGACCCCCUGAAUCAGCCCAGGGGUCCUCUGGAAUGAAAAAGGUGGGCAGAAAAUGAGGUAAGCGGUAUUUUUAUAUUUGUUUCCUUCGAAGUUUAGACUCAUGCUUAGAAAUUUUGAACGAUGUUGUACUAGGCACAAGCUGUGGAUGGGUUUGGUCAGAACGGGCCGGAAACUUGAUUUUUUCGAUUGAUUUUGCUUCUGGCUUUCAGUUGCUUUUAUCAAAAGAAUAUUAAUAGCUCCUAAGUUUAGGGUUUUUAGGUAACAUUUUGUGUUUUUUUAGGUAACAUUUUUGAGUUUUAGGUAACAUCUCGUUCUAUUAUGUAAUUAUACAAUUGAAAAUUAACAUGAAUAGGAUUAUCUCUUCUUUUUCAGACUCUUACAUGCUCUAUUUCCACCGAUCCUUCGCUGAACUGGGCUAGAACCGCGAGUUUAUCAUGCAGGUCAAAUGCCCGUACCACUGAGGCGUACGAACAGCAGUGA